GGAAGCGGCUUCCGCGCCCCUUGGAUAGCUGCCGCCGCCGCUAGUCCCGAGACCCCGCACAGGGAGCUGCUCGUCCGGCUUCACGCUGGCUGCCGCCCCCGGACCCCCCGCCGCCAGCGCGGCGCCCGCCAUGGGCGAGGAGGACUACUACCUGGAGCUGUGCGAGCGGCCCGUUCACUUCGAGAAGGCGAAUCCCGUCAACUGUGUCUUCUUCGAUGAGGCCAACAAGCAGGUUUUCGCUGUUCGAUCUGGAGGGGCUACGGGGGUGGUUGUUAAAGGCCCAGAUGACAGGAAUCCCAUCUCGUUUAGAAUGGAAGACAAAGGAGAAGUGAAGUGCAUUAAGUUUUCCUUAGAAAAUAAGAUACUAGCUGUUCAGAGGACCUCAAAGACUGUGGAUUUUUCUAAUUUUACCCCGGAUAGUUCUCAGCUGGAAUACACGCAAGAGUGCAAGACCAAGAAUGCCAAUAUACUAGGAUUCUGCUGGACCAGUUCUACUGAAAUUGUCUUCAUUACAGAUCAAGGAAUUGAAUUUUACCAGGUAUUACCAGAAAAACGAAAUCUGAAACUCCUAAAGAGCCAGAAUAUCAAUGUGAAUUGGUACAUGUACUGUCCUGAAAGUGCCGUGAUUCUGCUGUCUACCACAGUCCUUGGAAACGUGCUGCAGCCCUUUUAUUUUAGGGCUGGCACUAUGUCAAAGCUGCCCAAGUUUGAGAUUGAAUUACCAGCUGUGCCUAAGUCCACUAAACUGUACCUUUCUGAGAGAGACAUUGCGAUGGCAACGAUCUACAGACAGCUUUUUGUUCUCUUCCUGAGGCAUCAUUCGCGGACCUCCAAUAGUACAGGAGCAGAGGUGGUCCUGUAUCAUCUACCACGAGAAGGUGCCUGUAAAAAGAUGCACAUAUUAAAGUUAAAUCGGACGGGGAAGUUUGCCCUAAAUGUGGUGGAUAAUCUGGUGGUGGUUCAUCAUCAGGAUACAGAGACAUCGGUAAUAUUUGAUAUCAAGUUAAGGGGAGAGUUUGAUGGCACCAUUACCUUCCAUCACCCAGUGCUUCCAGCUCGAUCGAUUCAGCCCUAUCAGAUUCCCAUGGCAGGUCCUGCUCCUGUGACCAAUCAGUCUCCUGUCCCGUGUAAACUCUAUUCUUCAUCCUGGAUUGUGUUUCAACCUGACAUCAUUAUCAGUGCAAGCCAAGGUUACCUCUGGAACCUCCAAGUGAAACUUCAGCCCAUAGUAAACCUCCUGCCAGACAAAGGAAAACUGAUGGACUUUCUCCUCCAGAGAAAGGAAUGCAAGAUGGUCAUCCUGUCUGUCUGUUCGCAGAUGUUGAGUGAGUCAGACAGAGCAACGCUGCCUGUGAUAGCCACUGUUUUUGACAAACUCAAUCAUGAGUAUAAAAAGUAUCUGGAUGCUGAGCAGAGUUAUACGAUGGUAAGUUAUAUGUACUAUGACGAGGGCUCUUCUACCCCCCACCCCCACCCCUGUACAUUUGUAAGUAAUUAUAAUGCAAGAUUCUGAAAGAAUAACGUCACCGAGAUAUGCUACGUGCCAGAGGGCAAGGAGAUGCCUCAUAAAUUUGUGAUAGCCAUACUGAUGGAAUAUAUUCGUUCUCUUAACCAGUUUCAGAUUCCAGUACAGCACUACGUCCAUGAGCUUGUCAUCAAGACGCUUGUCCAGCACAACCUCUUUUAUAUGCUGCAUCAGUUCCUGCAGUAUCACGUCCUCAGUGACUCAAAGCCUCUGGCUUGUCUGCUGUUAUCCCUAGAAAGUUUUUAUCCUCCUGCCCAUCAGCUGUCUCUAGAUAUGUUGAAGCGACUUUCAACAGCAAAUGAUGAAAUAGUAGAAGUUCUUCUUUCCAAACACCAAGUGUUGGCUGCCUUACGGUUUAUCCGGGGCAUUGGUGGCCAUGACAACAUUUCUGCACGGAAAUUUUUAGAUGCUGCGAAGCAGACCGAAGACAACAUGCUUUUCUAUACUAUCUUCCGGUUUUUUGAACAGCGAAACCAGCGUUUGCGAGGGAACCCUAAUUUCACACCAGGAGAACACUGUGAAGAACAUGUUGCUUUUUUCAAACAGGUUUUUGGAGACGAAGCUCUAAUGAGGCCUCCAACGUUCUGAAAUCACUCGCUAGUU